UUACUACACGAGAUUUCUUUUACACAGGCUACUGCUGAGAUGGCAUCCGUAUAGAGCUAGCAGUGGGCGACUCUAUUAGCCAUGCUCUUAUACAAGCUAGUUAUAAGAUGGGCUAUAAGACUGUUUAUAGCCAGCAGUUGACUAUACUAUUAACCAUGCUCUAAGAGGUACGGCAUUGGUAAUGUGAGAGCACCUAGAUAUUUUUCCUCCUCCUCACUCCCCGGCCUCCACUCGCCGGCAACGACUCCCCCGACGGCGGCGAGCGACGAGCCGCUGGCCCCUCCGCGGCCCAGAUCCCGACCUGCUCUCGCCGGCCCUCCGUCUCGGCGAUCUGUUCGCGCCCCCUCCGCGAUUGAUGGCGGUGGCCUCCGCCAGCGGCGGCGCCAUGUUCCCGCCUCCGGCGGGCUCCCCGCCGUAGCACAAGUUCUGGGAGGACCCCUCCUUCUUCCGGUGGAGGAGGCGGGACGCGCACGUUCCGCUCCGCUCGCAGGACACGCUCGAAGGGGCGCUAAAGUACUGGCGCGAGCGGACGAACGUGAGCCACCUGGACGCCGAGGCCGCCGUCUGGGACGACGGCGCGGUCUGCGGCGCGCUGGACAGCGCGGCGUUCUGGUCCGAGGGGCUCCCGUACGCGCGGUCGCUCAGCGGGCUAUGGAAGUUCCGGCUGGCGCAGUCGCCUGAGACCGUCCCGGACAAGUUCUUCGAUGCUCAGUUCAAUGGCUCUGACUGGGAUGCCUUGCCAGUUCCCUCGAAUUGGCAGAUGCACGGGUUUGACCGUCCGAUCUACACAAAUGUAACUUACCCUUUCCCGAUGAACCCGCCGUUUGUGCCUUCCGAGAACCCCACAAGCUGUUACAGGAAGGUUUUUCGCAUCCCAAAAGAAUGGAAAGGCCGGAGGAUCUUGUUGCACUUUGAAGCUGUUGAUUCAGCGUUUCUUGCUUGGGUAAAUGGUGUACCAAUUGGCUAUAGCCAAGACAGCAGGCUUCCUGCUGAAUUUGAAAUCACUGAUUACUGCCAUCAUUGUGAUUCAGUCAAGGAAAAUGUUCUUGCAGUUCAAGUCAUGAGGUGGAGUGAUGGUUCUUAUCUUAAAGAUCAAGACCAUUGGUGGUUGUCCGGUAUUCACAGAGAUGUGUUACUAUUAUCAAAGCCACAGGGAUCUAUUUGCCUUUGCUGGCUAUAUCAAUGAUCAUGUUGUUAUAGCUAUGUUUAGAAAAACAAUAGAGUACGCUUUUUUUCAUCUUUACACUCAGAUGCGAAAUGUCAGCUGAGAACUUUUUUCUUGUAUAUAUUAGCAGUGA